ACGGGGAAAAGGAGCAGAGCAGACUCGAAUCAGUCUGAGACGCUUUUAAUGAACCGCUGCGAAUCAUUUUGUGGCUGAAAGCUUGUCUCAUUUUCCUCUUGAGACUGAACCAUCAUCGAGGCAGCAGUGACAAACCUGCACUGAGCUUCUGGUUUCAUUAUUCAGUCUGCUUUGGAAAUAAUGCUGACAGGAGACGCUCCAGCGGACCGUCUCAGCUGGUUUUGUUGAUCUGCUUUUGGACUUCUGAAGCUUCACCUGAGACACGUUUCACUUCCUACUCAUCAGGAUUUGAUGUUUUUCAGCCUCGACUGUCGGUGUUUUAUUCCGUGAAUGGGACUUUUGCGUGCAGUGGUUCAGAUGAAAACGGACGUCGGGAAGUAGCUGGAUCACCUGUUAUCGCCUCAAAUCGCUUGUUUUUACCUGCGAACAGGCACUGUGCUGUACAUGCGUGUGUGUUUACCAGCUCUAAUGGUAGCAGCUAGAAAACCUCGCCUGUGAGAGGAUCCAACCACCUCACCAUGACAGAGGUCCAGGUUCCGUGGCCGCAGGGCACCGAGUGUGUUGCCAGGUACAAUUUCAAAGGCACAUCAGAGCAGGACCUGCCGUUUAAUAAAGGAGAUCUGCUGACUAUCAUUGUUGUCACAAAGGAUCCAAACUGGUACAAAGCCAAAAAUGCUGCUGGUCGUGAGGGAACAAUUCCAGCCAACUAUGUUCAGAAACGGGAAGGUGUGAAAUCUGGAGGCAAACUGAGUCUAAUGCCAUGGUUUCAUGGGAAGAUAACUCGGGAUCAGGCAGAGCGGCUGCUGAACCCCCCUGAGACGGGCCUGUUCUUGGUGCGAGAGAGCACCAACUUCCCCGGCGACUACACGCUGUGUGUGAGCUGCGACGGUAAGGUGGAGCACUACCGCAUCAUCUACCUCAACGGCAAGCUCACCAUCGAUGAGGAGGGCUACUUUGAAAACCUCAUGCAGCUGGUUGAGCACUACACCAAAGAUUCUGAUGGUUUGUGCACCAAACUAAUCAAGCCAAAGCUGGAGGAGGGAACAGUAGCAGCUCAGGAUGAGUUUUCCAAAGGUGGCUGGUCGAUGAACAGAAAGGACGUCAAGCUGCAGCAGGUUAUUGGAAAAGGAGAAUUUGGAGAUGUCAUGGUGGGAGACUACAGAGGGACCAAAGUAGCUGUGAAGUGCAUAAAAAAUGAUGCCACAGCACAGGCCUUUAUUGCAGAAGCUUCCGUCAUGACGCAACUACGACACGAUAACCUGGUACAGCUGCUCGGAGUGAUUGUGGAGGAGAACGGGAGUCUGUUUAUAGUUACUGAGUAUAUGGCCAAGGGUUGUCUGGUUGACUACUUGCGUUCCAGAGGUCGGACAGUACUUGGUGGAGAUGCUCUUCUAAAUUUUGCAUUAGACGUCUGUGAAGCCAUGGCAUAUCUGGAGGCCAAUAACUUUGUGCACCGAGACUUAGCAGCCCGAAAUGUUCUCGUGUCAGAGGACAACAUCGCCAAAGUCAGUGACUUUGGUCUGACCAAAGAGGCGUCUUCCACUCAAGAUACAGCCAAGCUGCCUGUGAAGUGGACAGCACCUGAAGCCCUGAGAGAAAAGAAAUUUUCCACCAAAUCAGAUGUUUGGAGCUACGGGAUUUUGCUUUGGGAAAUAUACUCCUUUGGCCGAGUCCCCUACCCAAGAAUUCCAUUAAAAGACGUCGUGCCUCGAGUGGAAAAGGGUUACAAAAUGGACUGUCCAGAUGGCUGCCCUGAAGUUGUGUAUAACAUCAUGAAACAAUGCUGGAACCUGGAUCCCGCUGCUCGACCGAGCUUUCAAAUGCUGAAGGAGUGGCUACAGCACAUCAGCCAAGGGAUGGGAAAAAAACAAUGAGAGAUCUGACAGAACAGACAACAAGAGUGACUUUCCUCUUCCUUCAUUUUGACCACUGGGACCACAAUCUGGGAUGAAAAAAAGUCUCAAGACCUGUAUUAUUUGGCAAAUUUCACAACAAAUGGUAUUUUCAUCAACUCUAUUCUUCUUAGUGACGUCCUUCACGUCAGGAUGUUCACACAGCAGCCACUCUUAAUGGGCAUCAGGUUCGUCAUGUCUUCCUGCACUCUGUUAUUAAGAGUGAAUGAUUAACUGUCAUAUCGACUCGUCUUUCCCUAGACACAGUGCUGCCUCAGAGCCGUAGUGCCUUGACAUGUCUUCAUAUCUUUUAUGUCCUUUACACUGAUAUCUUUUGUCAUAUUGAGUGCAGCCUUUAAUUUUAUAAACUUGUAGAAAGUAACAUCAUUUGACUCAGCUGACUGAAUCCACAGUAUCCGUUUAAACAGGAAAGAUGCUUCAUAAGUAGAAAUACAGUUUUGAUACGUCGUAACUUGCUGUUAUUAUUGUUUGCUUUUUUUAUGGUUUCCAGGUACACCUUUUUGCAUGAAUGUGGGAUUAUUUUGUUUAAAAGACUAAAUUUAAAUAACUGUAAUUAUGCAACUUUAUUUUUUAUUGUUGAAUAAUAUUAAGUGCAUAAUUCCUACUUUCUGAUCCCUCUGUAAGUAAAGAAGCACCAGUAAUGCCAUAACAACACUCUGCAAUUUGGUAGAUGGAAUUUUCAUAACCAAACUUUUCCAAACCCAUCAUAAAGUGUUUUGCAAUGCAAAUCUUUUGAUCUAAUCAAACUAUGGGAAUUGUGUAUGCAGGAGAAAAAGAGAAUGUUAAUAAACGUAGCGUGCUGCCAUUUUUGAGAAUAAAAAAAUAGUUUUGAAAAUG